AUAGAAGUUACGAGGACAAGGUCACAUACACCAUUGUCAAGCCCAAUAUCCCACCAAGGCAGGAAGAACGCAUCUUAAUCCAACAGCAACUGAAAAGGGGAAACAGUCCCAUGGAUGAAAUGCAGAAACUCAAGCUCUGGCAAAUGCAUACAAGUAGAAUGGAACCCACUCAGCAGGUGGAGGAGUAUUUCAAGGAGCAACUCAAUACAGAUGAAGCAAAUGGACUGUAAAUUCCUUUACAGCAAGGAUCAUCAAACUGUGAAUAAAGUCCUUCAAUCAAUUGUGGGAAAGUUGUUAAGGAAAUAACUGAACUUUGAUAGCACUGGUGUCUUGAUUUAUGCAUAAGAAUUUAUCUGGACAGCCUUUGGUUUAUUCUGACAUGUAUUCAUUCUGACAGCUGUUGCAGGAACCUAGAAAACACCCUGGCAGGCCUCUAUAGGGGCUAUUCCCCAAUAAAGAGAAAGGAUAAAUUCUUUUGGACUUGGUUUUUUUUCAUAGUUAUGCAACUUAUUUCUUUUGUAUUAUUUAUUUAGCAUAUGUUGAUGUUACAAUUAGCCAAGAGGCUACAGGGUGAGUACAAAGUAGUGGCUGAUGAUUCCUUUUGUAUCUUAUUGGUACAUUGGAAUGUAAUCCUCUACCAAAAUCCAAAUGAAAAAGGAAAUGUAUCUGUUAAGGGAAAAAAAUCCCAAAAUGUUUACAUUAGAGGAAUAUUUGAAUAAAAAAAUAUUCCAUAGGGGAAAAGCGGUGGCAAAGCUGCACGUUUUGUGACUAUGUGCAUCAUACAAAAUGUUUCUGUUAUACAUAAUAAAAGGCAAAACAUUUGUAUACUAACACCUUCCGUCCAAAUUACCAAAGAUAAACUCAGAUUACCAAUUGAGUAAAGAUCAUUAAAAUCAAAUCAAAUGAAAUCAUUAUUGCGAUAAUAGACUCACGACAAGGAGGGUGAAUUACAAUCAUUAAAAAUCAUAAAGAAUCUAAGAGAAUUCUUGUGGGUUUAGAGGAGCAUAAAAGGUUACCAUGUGGGAAGACUAGCACGUU